UCACAAAUACAGCACUUUGGGAUCAGUGACUACAGCAACAAUCUGAAUGAUGACUACACCAUUGCACUUAUCAACAAGAAAAAAGGAAGUGCUGCUGCAAAUUGUGCUAAGGAAGUGUCAGAAAACCUGAAAAGUAUGCUAGCUACCCCUGCUCACCUGAAACACAGAAAUGAUUUCUACUCCGUGGACUCUCCCUUACCCCCCGUGUUCUGCACCCCUGGACUAAAGGUUCACAAGAAAGCAGACAAGAAAGAGAUUUGUGAUUCAAACCAACCUGAAAGUAUAGGAGGUGGGAGGGACAGUUCUAAAGAAUGUAUCUCUUCAAAAGCUGUACAUUCAUUCCAAGCACUGGAGAGAGAUAUGAACAGUGUGAAUUCUCCUCAAGCCCCUACGUUCUGUACACCUGGUCUGAAGGUCCAAAAGAAAGAACUACGCGAUGCUGUUGCGAAACCU